GUUAUUUUGAGGUAACGUCAUGACGAGUAUGACGCAACAAAACCAGUGACGUAACAAUCGUUGCUACAAACAGAAAUCUAGGUAGAGGGAGGAAUAGUGAUUGCAAGGUAUGGUUAGCAAUUCUUGUUGGAAUUUCAAGUGUUUAUCAAACAUCUUUUCAAAAAUAAUACUUUAUCUAGAUAUAUACGACGAGUUUUACAUUUCCAGAAUUUCAAAAUGGAGAAGUUGUUUUAUUUUGGAGAUGACGAUUUGGGCCAAGCGAUGGAAAGAAUGGAUCAACUUUCGGAGUUAAAAUUGAAGUUGACAGCAGCACAAUAUCUCGAGGACCUUCGCGAAGAAGUUAUCGUAGAGAAUUUGUACAGAACAGAGGAAGAGACAGAGAGACAACAAGAGCUGAAGACCGAAAAAAGCCGAAGAAUCAUUCAAAGAAUUCAAGCAGAAAUACUGAAGAAGAUUCUUCCCGUCAACAGAAGUUCCCAGAUGGCUGUUAGAUCGAUGAAAACAAUCAAAGAAAACCAUGUAAAAAUAGCUACUGUCCAAAUGGAGCUACUGAAAAAACUUCGACAACACGAUGCCAACAAUUUCUUUGAAGAGUCUAACGGAGAACUAGAGGUAAAGAAUCAGUUUGACCCCAUUGCAAAGAACUCGUCUGAAAGAGAUGAGGCGAGAGAACUUAAGCUAGUGACCGCUGAUAAGAAUGCCCAGCUGAUAAAUAAGAUCCAAGUAGAUUUGUUGAGAACAAUUCUGCCGAUGGAUAGAAGUGCAAGAAUGGCCGUAAAAUAUAUGAAAAUUAUCAGAGAAAGUCGCACAAAAUUGCUCACCAUUCAAGAUGAAGUGCUCAAAAAGUUGAAAGAACGAGAAGACGAUUAUAUGGCAGAAUCUCUUAAAAAAUUGGAGAAAGUAAACCAGACCAAAUGGAAAACAACGUUAGAUGCAUGGGACAAGGACAAAAGAAAUCAAAUUGUAUUCUUCAUCCUCGUUGACCAAGUGAGAAGACUGAGAUCAAGAUGUCCCCAAAUGUCGGGGAAAAUAAUGAAAAAAAUCCAAAACCGCCAACUAAUUCUACAAAAGCUUCAUGGAGAGCUGGUGAAAAGGGUAAAUGAAAGAGAAACUGUUCACCAAACAAGGGAAACGGUUCACAAGGAAUUAAUGACUGAAAUCAAAAGGAGAGAAGAAAUGAAAGAAAGGCAAAAAAGUCUGCAGAUGGAAAUAAUGAGAGCCGUUGAUGAUUCACAUUUUAUUCCUCGCAAGUUGUUUCUUAACGGAGUGGAAACGUUCAAGUCUGUCCCAAAGCCAAAUGUUACAGCAAGAGUUGGAAACAGAGAAAAAAAGGAAGCGACGAUCAGCCAGUGUAACGGAGCCAAAUCCGAAUCCAAACUGAAGAGCGGGACAAAGCCCACACUUAAAAACCGACUGAAGAGGUUAUUUGGAUUCCAUUGAUUAACAGACUCCACUCGUGUUCACAGAUGAAGAAAACAUUUCUAAAUUCUAUUUAUUCAUACUGAAUGUUGUAAAUAAAUCAA